CCGGAAGUAUCCAGGGUGACAUUUAGAACAGGACGAAAAGGAAGGCAUGUGUGUGCAUAUGUCUUGCGAAACGGUGUCCUCCUAGUUUAUUUUUUGUUUGUUUGUUUUAUAUGUAUUUAUAAGUGUGUAUUUUAAGGAGUACGAUGGCGGCGUGGAGCUGCCGGUUUCUUCUUCAGCGGGGACCUCGACUCAUUUCUCCUCGUGCAGCAGCUGAAAGUCCUGUCCAGCUGGUGGGUUGUGUUAGAACAGUAAAGACCACAACAUGGUUUGAAGAACACCUCACUGAGGACAACCAGGAGUACAUGAGGAAGACCAUGGCAGAGGAAUACAGAAGACAGACGGCUGAAAAGCUCAACCCACUCAAAGAUGAGCCGUGGCAGCGUCAUGAGUGGACAGAGGGGAGUCGAAGAGUUGGUUUAGUGGCUGUCAAGCUGGGGAUGGCACCUAUCUGGACGAAAACAGGAGAAAAACAUGCAGUCACCAUGCUACAGGUGCAGGACUGCCAUGUAAUAAAGUGCCUGCCCAGAGAAGAGUAUGAUGGACACACUGCUGCUCUUGUUGUAGGCGGAAAGAACGUGUCACCAUUCCAUAGGUCUGAACACUAUAUGGAAAUGUUCAGGAAUGCAGGAGUGCCUCCAAAGCAGAAAAUCACCACCUUUAAAGUCUCAGACAAUGCCAUCAUCAAACCAGGCACUCCUCUGUAUGCAGCACAUUUCCGUCCAGGACAGUAUGUGGACGUCACAGCCAAAUCCAUCGGUAAGGGUUUUCAAGGUGUAAUGAAGCGAUGGGGGUUCAAAGGCCAACCGGCCAGCCACGGCCAGACCAAAACUCAUCGCAGACCAGGAGCUUCUGGACCAGGAGGGGAUCCAGCCAAAGUCUUCAAAGGGAAGAAGAUGCCGGGCCGCAUGGGCAACAUUUACGUCACAGCAUUUGGACUGAAGAUAUGGAGGGUCAAUACUAAGUAUAAUGUGCUGUAUGUUAAUGGCUCUGUCCCAGGACACAGGAACUGUGUACUGAAGAUCAGAGACACUGUGCUGCCAACCAGGGGCUCCACGCUGCUCAGUCCGCCUUUUCCCACUUAUUUCACCGAAGACGAAGGCGACCUGGCUGAAGACCUCUACGACGACGACUUGUUCAUUCACACAGAGCCCUCAUUAACGCUGACCUGACCUCCAUCGCAUUCACACCGAACAUUUACACCCAAACCUGCUAACUGUGUCUGGAUCCUGUAAUAAAGUGUAAUUCCUUA